GGUCGAGGACGCAGCAGUUGCAGUUCAGCAGUGGGCGGGGAAAGACGUCGGUGCUCCCGCAGCACGACACAGUCUACCUGUGUCAACACAUCACCCACACCGCCCUCACCCACCACCGCCCUCACCCACCACCCACACCACCCACCACCCACCACCCAAACACUCCACUAGCACUAAGUACAUCCCAACCCAUAACAUGUCAACGGAUAUGAUCUUACCAGCAGACUCAGUCAAUCACUCCCAAUGACGACCUCUGAACACACUUAGAACAUUAAGUGCAUCAGGAGCAGCAGUCUCCUAUCAACUAGACGCACUUGUAACCGCGGCAUGUGUAGUGUGGCGGUGGUGGCGGCGGUGGUGGCGGCGGCGGUGGCGGGGACGGGGACGGGGGGCCACGCCAGCCCCCUCCCUGUGAGGGUGUCUCCCCAAGCCCCCCACCUGGAGAGGCUCCAAGCUGCUCGCGAACUUCUCUCCCACUCACCACUCAUUGACGGACACAAUGACCUGGCCUGGAACGUGAGGAUGUUUCUCCACAACAAGCUUCACUCCUUCAACCUCUCCAGUGACCUGACCCAGGAGAGGCCCUGGAUGAACUCUCCCUUCUCCCACACUGACCUUCCUCGCCUCAAGAAGGGACAGGUGGCAGCCCAGUUCUGGUCGGUGUACGUACCGUGCGAGGCGCAGUACCUCAAUACGGUACAGCUGCUCCUGGAACAGAUCGACGUAGUGAAGAGGAUGAUUGCUGCGAGUCCCGCCGACACCACCCUCGUCCGCUCCUCCGCAGGGAUCAUGGAGGAGUUCGAGCGUGGGCGUGUGGCAAGCCUGAUGGGCGUGGAGGGCGGUCAUGGGCUGGCCAGCAGCAUGGGCGUGGUGCGGGCGCUGUAUGAUCUGGGCAUACGCUACGUCACCCUUACCCACAAGUGCCACACCCCUUGGGCGGAGUGCUCAGAGCCGGGCUCCCACCCGCCCAACACCCGCGGCCUCACACCCUACGGCAAGGAGAUGAUCUUGGAGAUGAACCGUGUUGGGAUGCUGGUGGACCUGUCUCACGCCUCGGCCAGGACGGCCCUGGACGUGCUGGCCGCCUCCCGCGCUCCCGUCAUCUUCUCCCACUCCGCCACCCGCGCCCUCUGUCACAUUGACAGGAACCUACCAGAUGACAUCCUCAGUUCCCUGGCCGUGAACGAAGGACUCGUUAUGGUGAGCUUCUACACAGACUUCCUCACCUGCAGUCACUCGGCCACCAUACAGGACGUUGUUGGUCACAUCAACCAGGUGAGGACGAUGGCCGGGGUGGACCACGUUGGUAUUGGUGCCGGCUUCGACGGGAUCAACAGGACGCCGGAGGGACUGGAGGACGUCUCGCGAUACCCUGAACUCUUCGCCGAACUGCUGAAGGAUCCCACCUGGUCCUUGCAGGAUCUGAAGAAGCUGGCUGGCCUCAAUCUCCUGCGAGUCUUCAGGAGAGUGGAACAGGUCCGAGAGGAGCUGGGAGGGGAGAAGCCCUCCGAGGAAAUCAUCCCCAUUCACGACAUCGACGCCCGUUGGCCGUGCAGGUACAAGUUCGCCAGCCUCGACGACGCCCGCACCUGACCGCCCACGCCCUGAUGGCCCACGCUAGGAACGCCCGCGCCCUCAUCGCCCCCGCCCGGUCCGCCUACGCCAUGACAUCCUAAGCCAACAUCCUGACGGUCGGCGCCCUGAUGGUCACGGCCGUAGCCUCCUAUUAGCAUCAGAUUGGCCACACACUUGUAUUGAAAUACCUCGCCCUCGCCUCUCAGUGGCGGGAAACGCAAUCAUUGGUUGUCGAGUGGCGGGAAACACAAUCAUUGGUUGUCGAGUGGCGGGAAACGCAAUCAUUGGUUGUCGAGUGGCGGGAAACGCAAUCAUUGGUUGUCGAGUGGCGGGAAACGCAAUCAUUGGUUGUCGAGUGGCGGGAAACGCAAUCAUUGGUUGUCGAGUGGCGGGAAACGCAAUCAUUGGUUGUCGAGUGGCGGGAAACGCAAUCAUUGGUUGUCGAGUGGCGGGAAACGCAAUCAUUGGUAGUCGAGUGGCGGGAAACACAUUUAUUGGUUGUCGAGUGGCGGGAAACGCAAUCAUUGGUUGUCGAGUGGCGGGAAACACACUUAUUGGUUGUCGAGUGAGAGGAAACGCAAUCAUUGGUUGUCGAGUGGCGGGAAACACAAUCAUUGGCUGCUCAGUAAUUUUUACAGUUUUUCUACAAUAAAUGACUGAUCAAUUACUUUGGAAAAAUAAAAGAAAUUAGGAGUUUAAAGAUAUAAUUAAAGGCUAGGGAAAUAAUUAUGGGUCGGGAAAUAAUUAAUGAUAGGGAAAUAAUUGUCAGGGGAAAAUUAUGGAUAUGGAGAUCAAUUUAUAUGAUACACAUCCCCAGCGUCUUGUGGUGAGCCGCCUGGUGUAACCAUUGUGUACUGCACAUGCACACUGUACACACACACACGUACUGCAGCAAUACGGUGUACAUUUAAGUACACACACCGUGUACGUUAAGGAAUUAUGGUCACACGUAUGUACACUUCGUCUCCACCUUACUCACACACACCCUCUCUAUCACCUCCUGAACCUUCCCACACACCGCGGGCUCACCACUCACCGCGGGCUCACCACACACCGCGGGCUCACCACUCACCGCUCGGUCUACACAAGUAGUCAAAAUGCAUACGUUUUGGUGGUAAUUUAGGUUCUGAGCAUUUAACAUGAUGGUGUUGUAGCGUGUUCAUCCCCAUUGGUGCCACACCCUCCCCUGGCCACACCCUCCCCUGGCCACACCCUCUCCUGGCCACACCCUCUCCUGGCUACACCCUCCCCU